UGGACGAAUCGUCACCGGGGGGGAGGAGUCCAUCCUGCAGCAGCCUUAAAAGCCUAAAGCCUAAUCACGGAGAAAUGAAAACACACCCAAAAGAUAGAAACGCGCUACGACUCAAAGUGAAGGUCACACACUUGUUUUUUUCCCUGCGAGGGACAACUAGAGGACUGGGGCUUUUCUUCCGUUAUUUGGUCUUGGUUAACGGUCAUUGUAGCUGUUGACACAUAGCCUACCCACAUAGACACAAACCUACAGCCAACUCGACGAAUUUCACUCUCUAUACGGGCAUUCCCCCCCCCCCCGCAUUUCAAAGGACGGUAAACAAACGAGACACAGCUGGAGAAAAUGCCGUUAUCAAUUAACGGCGUACUCUGCACUCUGACGGUGCUGAUUCUGUGGCAGGCGGAGGAGCUCGUUGAAGCCUGCAGCUGUGCCCCCGUGCACCCACAACAGGCGUUCUGUAACGCGGACGUAGUGAUCCGAGCGAAGGUGGUGGGGGAGAAGGAGAUAGAUACUGGGAAUGAUAUCUAUGGUAACCCCAUCACCAGGAUGCAGUAUGACAUCAAACAGAUCAAGAUGUAUAAGGGUCCUGACCAGGACAUUGAGGAGAUCUUCACUGCUCCGGUCUCCGCUGUGUGUGGCGUUACCUUCGAUACCAGUGGCAAGAAGGAGUACCUGAUCUCAGGCAAGGUGGAGGCAGGUGGGAAGAUGCAUGUGACCCUGUGUGACUACAUCACUCCCUGGGAGUCUAUGAGCCCCACUCAGAAGAAGAGUCUGACUCAGCGCUAUCAGAUGGGCUGUGACUGCAAGAUUGUGCGCUGCCCCUCCCUGCCCUGUGCCAUCUCUGCUCCAGAGGAGUGUCUGUGGACAGACCUGAUGAUGGAGAAGCAGGUGUACGGUCGCCAAGCCAACCACUAUGCCUGCGUUAAGAGGGCCGACGGCUCCUGUUCCUGGUACCGCGGUAAUGCUCCACCCAAGAAGGAGUUCCUGGACAUCGAGGACCCCUAGUCACUUCCUUCCAGCUGCCCACUGCAAAGCCUGAUUUUGUUUUUAUUUUUAAAGAUAAAUGCAUCUAAACAAUUUGGUGAAAUAUUAGAAGAAAACAAGUUUUGUGUGAAAGGGCAAGAUUAAUAUGAUACACAUAAAAUAUAAAGAGGCAAAGCUGAUUGAUUUGAGUGAGAUCAGUGAAAUUGUUUACUGGUUCAAAAACAACUCCUAGCUACUAUCCCCUUCUGUCUGCAGAUCUAAAGGGACCUGAUGUAUUCAUAGUAUGGUGAUGGCUUUCACAGGAGGUUGGUGACACCAUAAUUGGGGAGGACUGGCUCGUUGUAAUGGCUGGAACGGAAUAAAUGAUACCAUUCCAUUGACUCCAUUCCAGACAUGAGCUGACCUCCCCUCUGCAUCCUCCUGGGUAAUCGAUCCACAUAGCUCUCUGAAUGUUCAUUUUGUCAAAUUGCUUACACAUACUUGGUUCCUUCAGGUCAUCAAACAGAAGGUUUAGAGGCUAGGGGAAGGAUCCAGACUGGCUCAGGGUGUUUGUAGCGAUUUAGGGUCAUGAGACUGACUUGUCGAGUGAUUUUCACAUCCCCCUGAGGCUGGCGUCAGGAGGACUGAUUCUUUAAACUAUGGGUGUCUCAAAUGGCACCCUAUUCCCUAUAGAGUGCACUACUAUUUUGUUUUUGACCAGCGCCCAGGUAGUGCACUCUCUAGGGAAUAGGGUGCCAUUUUGGACAGAGUCCUGAAAGAGAGGUGCACUUGAUUUAAUUCCUUUUGUGCACCUUCUGGGCAGAGAACUUACCUCUUGACCAACUGUAUGGAAUGGCUGCCCCCACCUGUUGGGUUGGUGUCUAAAUCAAGUGUAAUUCUUUGCCCCUAAACUCCUACCUCUCAAACUACCCAGGUAUGAACAACCCCAUAUCUAUUCAAUGAUGGCUAGACAAUGUUUCAUUUGGUUUGAUUCAAGUCCUAUUCCAAGUCGCCUUUUUGUUUUUUGUUUUCUCUCUCUAGUUAAAUGCUAUUUGAUGUUGCUUCUCAUGCCCAUGUUAUCACCAAUCAGAUUAAUGGUGAGGCGGGACUUCCCAGAUUAUUGUAAUUGACAUUUGGAAAGAAAAUAGUUUAGUUUUUAUAAGUUGCGUUCAUCAACUCUUAAGCAUCCCAGUCAGAGACAGAUCUGUGAAUAACAUUUUAAAACCUUCUAGAAUGCGUGUCUCACCAGCCCAGUCUAUGGUGUAUGUGAGAUGAUGGUAUCACAUUUUACCCCUGCCAUUCCCCACUCUCCAUAACCCUCACCCCUAUGCCACCCUCCCCUCGACAGUCCUUCUAGACUCAACACCCACAUCUGUCUCCACCCACUACCCCUUCUCUCCCUUGAUGGCUAUACAGCAGUGGAGGCUGGUGGUAGGCGCUAUAGGCUCAUUGUAAUGGCUGGACUGGAAUUAAUGGAACGGAGUUGAAUGUGGCUUCCACGUGUUUGACUCCAUUCCAGUCGUUACAAUAAGCCUUUUCUCCUACAGCUGCUCCCACCAGCCUCCACUGCUGUAUGGUACCUAUGCGUAACUCCUCCCACAGCCUCCAAUGAGGCAUCUACUUUUGUGUUUUUAUAAUUAUUACUGUCAUUAGAACUCAAUUUUAUACUUUUUUUGAAGAGGAAUUCCAGUAGAGGUAGAACAGUGUGAUUCUCUGUAGUGUUCGUCAUAUAGUACCCCAGACAGGAAGAUGUGUAUCCCAAAUGGCACCCUAUUCCAUUAUAGUGCACUAUAUGGGUCUUGGUCAAAAGUAGCACACUGCAUAGGAAAUAGGGUACCUUACAGGACACGACCAGACAGCCGCGUUCCAGGCAGUCUUAACUGCAGUCCGUUGCGGUGUACAAAUGUUCAGAUCUUACAUUGCGGCAGGUAGCCUAGUGGUUAGAGCGUUGGACUAGUAACCGAAGGGUUGCAAGAUCAAAUCCCCAAUGCCUGGUGAAGUGUUUAACUUCUCAGGAAACCACGUCCAAUAGGAUAUAGUGUCUUAGAUGGACACAGACUCCUAACAUCUCAAAAUAAUGCUAUAUAUUCAUUUGGAUUUAAAGUAUCAGAAGCAUAAUUGUACGAGUGGGCUGUUUUCCAUUUUGUUUACAUAUAGAUUUUCUCCCUAUUGAGUCUCUUUAAAAAAAGAAUAAUGAAGUGGUGAAUGUCUUUCGCUGGGAGCACGUGAGAGAAUUUCACUCCUAGCCACCUACUUGCAAGGAAGGCACUUGCAUAGAUCUAAAGAAGCUUGGCUUGAUAUAAACAGACUUGUCUUUUAGACGUAUCUUUUCAAUGCCUUGGUAAUACCAUAUUUCUUCUACCUUAUCCAAUGCUUUCUGAUGUACACAUUGUAUGGAGGGGGGAUAAAGGGGUUGAGUUUGAGUACAUCCAGACUAUGCAUGUUUAAUCCUUUGUGGACGUUCAGUUGCUGGACAAAAAUAUACGACAGUAUUAUCAAAUAAAACCAAACUUUUUGAAAUAA